UACGGCAUCUAGCCCAUUCCGAUAAAGCAUACGCUGGCUUAACGUUUUGUGUUCUGAAACAACGCGAAGUUUUACAAACUACCCUCCGUAAACUCUUACAAUGGGCCCGUGACUCUGAAGUUACUUAUGAAGGGCUAAGUGAGAAAAUAAACGAACACUUUUUAAAUGGUGAGUUUUAUAAGACUUCAUCGGAACUGCUACAACUAGUUUGUGGCCAUCGGGCGGAAGUUGUUCAGAUGAGGAGAGACGGUAUAACAAAUUAUCUACGGGAUCCUUUAACUAAGGUUGCCGUAAAGAAAGUACCCCCCUCCUGCCGCCAUUUGUUUGAAGCUGAAUCACUGACCAAGGUACUUGAAAAAGCUGGUGGCGUCCGGAAAGCUUUCCUGCCCUUGAACAGACAUGGUUUAAAUGCUCCCGCUUCGCAAGCUGGACCGAGCAAGCCUGUACACCACCCCUCGCAGGGGCAGGUGAAUCAAAAUGUACCUUAUCAUGGAUGUUGCGCUUCCGGGCGCAUUUCCCAUACAAACCAACCCUCGCAGGGUUGUUUUCAUUCUCAUCCCUCGCAGGGACAGAGAUAUAAUAACUAUAAUGACAAACGUCAUACAUUUUCGAAUAGCCACAGAGGUUCCUUUCGUCAAAGAGGGGGCCGUCAAGGGAGCAAGACUCUGGACAGUAACAAAGGACAAUUUAACAAUCCGAAACGUCAUUCAACCUCCUCGGAGAACAACUCUAGAGGAAGAAAACACAGUCGGGGUGGAAAUUACUAAGAAGCCCUAGAGGAAAGAAAGUUGACCCGGUUUUUUGGGUAAGCCACUGUAAGGAGCUCCUUCACGACAGGCGUGAAGCAGCAAAGUGUUCAAACUUAUUUGUACAUUUAAGAGGUCAACCUAAAGCUGCAUCUAGGACAGUGAUUGCUGGAUGGGUAAGGACAUUAUUAGCUGAAGCUGGAAUCAUCGCGUCCCCGGGUAGUAUUCGAUCAGCGGUAGCUUCAAAGAACUGGGCUGACAACGUUCCUAUAGACGACAUCCUAUCGCGAGGAAAUUGGAGAUCUGAAAAUACUUUCAGACAUUUUUAUAGACGGGAAAUUAUCAAAGUCCCUGCGCAAUAUGGUAUUACUAACUCUUUUGUUCCAUAUCAUUAAUUAUUUUUCAAAUGUAUUUGAUUGCAUAAGUUUUGCUACUUGCCUAUAUACCUACUAAUCUUAAGUAGUAAGGUAAAUUAUUUUCAUGUUGGAGUAACAAGUGAAUACCUUUUUGUGUAUUUUAAUUUUUAAUAAAUAUUUUUCUCAUACAAUCUAAACCCCUUUUAAUAGCUAAGGUCCUCUUGGAUCUACGUAAAGCUGUCGUAUGAGUACCUACCUACUUUAAUCUGUAUUUACACAUUCUUUUAAGUAUAGGUAAAAAGUCACAUUGGCGUCCAUCUCCACCAGGCGAUAACAAACACGUCUUCAACCAAAAGUUUCAAAUAACGGUCAAGGAUUAAUAGCAGCGUUUUACCUGAAAAAUAAAACGCUUAUUAAUACUUACCUUAUUUGAAACUUUCCCUUUUAUUUCUGCCUGGGUGGGUUUUCGACUCAAUGAUGGAAGUUUACGCGGUUCAAACCGCUGAGCUGCCAGGUGAGAUGGGAGAUGUGCGAGCGAGAGGUCAAUAAAUUGGGACAGAUUAUACAUAGAUAAAGCAGAAAACAGUAGUGCCCUCUUCAACCAAAAGUUUCAAAUAAGGUAAGUAUUAAUAAGCGUUUUAUUUUUCAGGUAAAACGCUG